AGACAUAGGCAGAGGGAGAAGCAGGCUCCCUGUGGGGUGUGCGAUGCAAGACUUGAUCCCAGGAACCCCGGAUCAUGACCGAAGCCAAAGGCAGAUGCUCAACCACUGAGCCACUCACAGGCCCAGAAGACUACAUUUCCACACCCCAGAGGAUUUUGCAAAUGUCCCCAAAUUCUCAGUCAUCCCACCAACUUCUAAAGGGAAGCCAGCCAGCUCACAGGGGAUCUCAGAGAUUUGAGAGGCUUGGGCCUCCUCGCAUAUAUGCUUUGGGCACCCUUGGCCACUGCCCUCUGUGCGCAUGCGCAGGGAUGCCAGCUUCUGAGGUGCGCAGGCGCAUUCACAUUUAGCAGCGUUGCUAGGUUACACUGGUUCUGCGUAGGAAGAUUCUAAGUCGUUGGGCUUAGUCCCUGAGACAUUGAGGCGAGGCCCACUUGCCUUAUUGCUGGCGCGGGAGUGUAUCGCACUAGAGGCGGUGAAACCUGUGUCACUGAAGCCUGUCGGCUUCAUUAUGGAAAAGAGAUCUACAGCGCGGAAUGGGUGGGGCCUGCUGCGCUUCGGCUUCAACCUCAGGCCUCUGAGGGUCAGGUCGCCGCCUAUGACUAUGACUGUUGACAGCUUCCACAGCCCCGGUCCCGGAUACCACAUCAGAUAUCAAGAUCUCCGGGGAAUCCACAGAGCUGUGAUUGAGGGCGAUACAGAAAAAAUGCAGGAGAUACAGCAGUUGCUGGUUUUUGGUUUACAUGACUUAAAUAAAAGGGACAGGAAGAACAGGACGGCUCUCCACUUGGCGUGUGCCAUUGGGAGUGUAGAUAUGGUGAAGAUCCUGGUACUUUCUCAAUGCCAGCUAAACCUCCGUGAUGGAGAAAACAGGACAGCUCUCGUGAAGGCUGUACAAUGCCAAGAAGAGGCAUGUGUAGAUAUUCUUCUCAGAAAAGGUGCUGAUGUAAAUACUAAGGAUUUCAAGGACAACACCGCUCUCCAUUAUGCGGCCUAUGAGGGAAAUAUCUCAAUAGCACGCAAGCUGCUUUUGAAUAAAGGAGAUAUAGAGGCCAAAAACAAGGAUGGCCUCACACCGCUUCUAGUUGCUGUAAAUGAAAAAAAAGAGAAAAUGGUGGCAUUUUUAGUAGAAAAAGCAAAUAUAAAUGCAGUUGACUACACUAACAGGAGUUGUCUCCACUUGGCCUGUGCCAAUGGCCAUGAAGAUAUGGUGAAGCUCCUGGUAGAUCGGAAAUGCCAGCUAAACCUCCGUGAUGUUGAAAACACGACCGCUCUACUGAAGGCUGUACAAUCCCAAGAUGAGGCAUGUGUAGAUAUUCUGCUGAAACAUGGUGCUAAUCCUGAUCUAAAAGACAUCAAGGGCAACACUGCUCUCCAUUAUGCAGCAUUAGGGGACAAUGUCACAAUAGCACAGAAACUACUUUUAAAGAAAGUAAAUAUGGAGAUCAGAAACAAGGAUGGCCUCACACCGCUUUUACUUGCUAUAAAUGAAAAAAAAGAGAAAAUGGUGGCAUUUUUAGUAGAAAAAGCAAAUAUAAAUGCAGUUGACUACGCUAAAAGCUCAGAGCUUGAUGCCAGAGUCCGGGAAUUGAGCCCCACAUAGGGCUCCCAGCAGGGAGCCUGCUUCUCCCUCUGCCUAUGUCUCUGCCUUUCUUUCUGUGUCUCUCCUGAAUAAGGAAAUAUAACUGAGAAAAAAAAAUUUAGAGAGUCCAAGCAGAAACCUCUGAAACUGUCUCCAAGCCUUCAUUUGGUAGGGUAUACCAAAAACAACCCUGCAUCCUAGCAGAGGUGCAGUGGGAUAGUGCUAAAGGAUGAAAGGCUGGUGAGCUCUAUCACAUUUCUGCUUAAUUCACUAGUCUGGCCCAUUCAGAGACAGGAUAGAUUGUGGCAAAUAUCUGUAGUUACUGUCAACUUAAACAAAGAGUAAUUCCAGUCAUAGUUAUUGUGCGCCUCUUAUUGCUUCCAGAACAGAUUGAUAAGACGUCAGGUACAUGGUAUGUGUCACCACUGAUUUGGCAAAUGCAUUCUUUUCUAGUCCGCUAGUGAAUCAGAAAUAGUUCAUAUUCAUAGAGUAUAGGCAAAGUGUUCAUUCAUUUAAUUUGCCUCAGCGUUUUAUUAACUCAUGGAGCUAGACCAUUUGAACAUCCCCAGAAUAUGUCAUUGGCCUAUCAUAUUGACACCAUGCUAAUUUGACAUGAGGAUCAGUAAGAGGCUAUAACGCUUUGGGCCCUUGGUAAGACGGCAUGAAUUGACAUAUCCGUGAAGUUUUGAGGCAUCCAGUGGGCAUGCCAGGAUAUUCUCGCAGGAGUGAAAGAAAAAUUGCCACAUUUUGAAUACCUUUUCACAAAGACAGAAACUGGGAGACCUCUUUGGGUUCUGGAGGUAGCAUAUUUUACGCCACUAAUUCUCAAUGCGUUGGGGGUGGGGUGGUGGGAGAAGAAUUCUGCUCCUCAGGGAGCAUUUGGCAGUGUCUGGAGACCUGUUUUUUGACAUGUCAAAAGCUGUACAUACUUAAUGUAUCGAAUUCAGUGAGUUUGUGGAUAAGUAUAGACCUCUGUGAAAUCAUCAAUGCCUUAAAGCCAUAGUCCUACCCAUCACCUCCCAAAGUCUCUUCCUGGUCUCAUUAAUUAAUUAAUUAAUUAAUUGGUAAGAACACUUAACAUAAGCUCUACCCUCUUAGCAAAGUUUAAGUAUACAAUGCAGUAUUAUUAGCUAUAGACACUGCUAACAAUAGAUUCGUCUGGAGACAUUUCUGAUCCUCACAACUGAGGAUGUUGCUGGCAUCUAGUGGGUCGAUGUCAGGAGUGCUGGUAAACAUACCCAAGAGAGGCCUCCACAACAAUCCACCAUGUCCAUGGUACAAGGUUGGGAAACCUUGUCCUACAUUGAGUACUCGUUUCAUCCAUACACCUUGGUGAAACUAAGGAAUGCAAGACUUCAGUGGUCUCAGAGCAGAUGAAUUGUGCAGCAGGUGCAGGCUGUGCUUAGGAGUCCUCACUGCUUUGGUCGCAGGAUCCAGUAGACCCUAUGCUAUUCAUGGUGUCAGUGGUGGGGAAAAGUUGUACCGUGGAUCUCAGGGCAAGCCCCUGUUGGAGAAUCAGAGCACAGGCCCUUGGGGUUUUCUGAUCUUGAGUCCCCAUCAGAAGCUUGCCUGUAGAGGGGUCCUACGGGAGACAGAAAUGACUUGGUUUUAGUAUUCCUUCUGUGCUAAGUCAUUGGCUGGACACAGCCUAGCAGAGACACAAGGCCUUGGUGUGAGUGCUACGGUGGAUAUGAAAAUGUAGCAGCUGUCUACAUUUUGAGCUGCAGUUCAACUGUGCUCUCUAUGGUAGAUCCUCUAGAAGACAAAUCCAAAGAGUGCAACUCCCUGGCCUCUAUAUUAGUCUGGGUCCAAUCGGAAGACAGAUAUGACAUAGUAUUUUAAACAGUGGAAGUAAAUAUAAAGAAUUACUAAAUGAUGAUGAGAUAGUAAUGAGAAGGUGGGACAGAGAAGUCUGAAGACAGUACCACAGAAGAGCUAACUUGGGAGGGGGGGUCCAAAGUUGCUAAAGAAGGUGUGAUUGAAGCACGAUGGAUGGCAGAGAAGUUUGAGUCCUGUAUGUCUGACUUCCUCUGCGCAUCCAAUUACCAACCUCAACUCAUUUGUGUCCCAGAGGGUUGUUCCUGUUAGCCUGGAGAUUGAGCGUUGGCCCUGGCCCAUGUUCCGGUUUGCUUCCCUUCUUCUUCUUCUUCGUCUUCUUUCAUCUUCAUCUUCAUCGUCUUUGUGUUCUCCGUCUCCUUCUCCUCCUCCUCUCCUUCUUCUUCUCUUCUUCCUAUCUCCUUCCUUUCUCUUCCUCCCUUGCCGCCCCCGCUUCACCAGCAUCAGAAGUACUCUUCCCAGCUGUGCACUCCAGAGCAUGCAGUCCGGGCCUCAGCCAGUGACCUUUCUAAAAUGGAUACCAUGCCCCUAGCAAAUGCUGUUGACACCCUACUCACUCUCUGCAUCCAGUCCUUAGUCUUAACUCUGCUGUAUCCCUACGGGGUUUGUUGCAUCCUUCUGCAUGUGCAUAUGAUACACUGGAGGCCUUGCACUGCUCUGCUGGUCGGUGGGCUCAUUGUUCCCUGACCCUCCCUAUACAUCCAUUUAUCAGACAGGACUCCCUGCACUCCUGAAGGGUAGUUCCUGUUUGCAUGCUGAGUAGCACGGACUAGCUUUGGCCGGGCAACUCUGACUGCAGUUCCGACAUCUCCUUCAAUGAGACCUGAAUCCCAGCCUUGGGAUUUACCCAUUUGGGUAACCUUUCUUGGGUAAUCUUGCACCUUAGGGUAUUUGGAUUUCUUUUCUCAUCUUUAUAGUUGAUCUCCUGUUAUAGUUCAUCAUUUUUUAUAUUAAACGUUCCCUGUUGAAAUUACUAAGUGGUUUGUCUCUUGUUUGGAUCCUCACUGAUACACUAUCCCUUCUUUUUGGAAUGUGCUUCUCUCCCUCUCACUGGCUAACCCCUACUCGUUAAGUUUUAGCUUUGAUAUUGCUUCUUCCUGUGCAUCCAUCCCUGAGUCACUACCCUUAUUUUUACAUGACUCCGUAGGCCCUUUGUGCUCACCCUAAAUGUGGCAUUAAACUCGCCUCUACUCCAUGAACACCGCAAUGUCAUGUUUGUUGUUCCCUCACUGACUCCCACAAUGCCAGAAUACAGGUUUUCAGUACACGUUUCUGAUUUAAUUUUGUGGUCCCUUUGAGGUGGUUCUCCCAGGUCAGGAAUUUUUAGUAGACUAUGGCCCAGAUCAUCCUCAACACACUGGAGCCCUCAAAUUCUCAUCAUAGUUUAAUUACGACAUAAAUUCAGUUUUCCUCGGUAGAUAGAGUGGACUGCAAGGGAAGAGAUAUCCAAAGGAAUGAAUAAACAGUUAUGAAAAACUGUUGGUUGUUUUUAAAAGAUUUUUAUUUAUUUGAGUGUGAGAGAACACAAAUGGGGGUGGAGACAGA